AUGGACUACAAGACGCAGCUCGGCGGUCUGCAAGAGGUCGAUGCCGUCUAUGAUCGCCUUGUCAUUGUGUUGAUCGAUGCGCUGCGAGCUGAUAUGGUGCUGGGUAGCGCUUCCAUGCGUAGCAAUGAAGACCGUGAUACGCAUCAAAUGAAGGAGGAAUUGAACGUUUACAUGCCAUUUACUAGUGGACUCGUGACGUCUGGCAGAGCGCUUGGUUAUGUCGCCCAUGCCAGUGUACCUACAGUGACAAUGCCUCGUCUUAAGGCGCUCGUAACAGGAAAAGCUCCAGCAUUUAUUGAUAUCUUGAAGAACUUUAACUCAGCAGCUUUGGUCGAGGAUGCCAACCUUGUGUCGUUGUUGGCAGCCAGUGGGAAACGUAUCGUGUUUUAUGGCGAUGAUACAUGGCUCAAGCUGUUUCCAAAAGCAUUUAAGCGAUCUGACGGGACUUCUGGAUUUUAUACAAGAGAUACAGUUGAGGUGGACUACAAUGUGACGAGACAUUUGAGUGAAGAGCUAGAUCCCACCAUGCAGAAUGGGAAGAGCAGUGAUUGGGACGUCUUGGUGUUGCAUUAUUUGGGGUUAGAUCAUGUUGGUCACCUGCGCGGACCCAGAUCGACGUUAAUGCAGGAGAAACUGCAAGAAAUGGAUCAUGUGGUGCAGCUUGUGGUGGACUCGGUACGUGAGCAAGAUCAGCGAAGAAUGAAGAAUGACAACUCAGCCCGACCUUCGUUGAUUUUGCUAUGUAGCGAUCAUGGUAUGUCGGAGAUUGGAAACCAUGGUGGCGCUACUGUAGAUGAGUCCUCUGCGCUGCUGAUGUUUAUGCGUGGUGAUGGUGAGCCCAUGCAGACUAAUACGGAUCGUCCGUACAGGCAAAAGCGCAAUCAGGUCGACCUUGUACCAACAAUCUCUUCACUGUUCGGGUUACCUAUCCCGUUUUAUAGCACGGGCUUGCUGCUAGAUGACGUCAUCUGUGCUUCAUCGAGCUUUGCCGCACGCCACGGCUCGUACUAUUUGCGUGCGUUAUACCUCAACUUUCAGCAGCUAUAUGCUCUUGCCAGGAUUAAGUUUCACCCCACGGCUUUGGCGAGUUUCGACCAGCAAUUUAAAGAACCGCUGAGCAAGAUGUACAAGAUUCUCCAAUUAAAUGAAGAGGAUGUGAUUAUCGAUCACCAGACUGAGACAGCUGUGUUUGAAGCCUGUGAGAUGCUGCAAGCUAAGGUUGCGCAGAGUGAUGGGUCCGAGUACAAUGUGAUCGUGAUCUUUUCUGGUCUGAUUGUUUUGCUUUUCAGUGGUGCCGCCGCGGUGGCCGCACUUUCAGCGCGACUCAAAGUAGAAGCGAGCUUCAAGAUUCAUCGAGGGGCAAGCCAUCAUCUAUUGGCUGUUGUAGGUGGGGGCAGCCUAUUGCAGAUUGUCAGCUUGUCGUCGAGCUCGUCGAUUGAAAAUGAGCACGCAACUGCAUUUUUCAUGACGACUUCUUUACUCAUUGCUUUCGGGUUCAUAUUAUUACGACGGGAAAGAUGGACAAGCAACGCUAGCAAUUCGUCUUGUCCAAGUGUUGGGCUAGUCAUGGUUGGAUUAUUGCUGCUUGUCACACGAGUGCUACGCGCACGUAACCAAGUUAUUAAUUUCUGGCGACUCAACAAGCUCCAAGUCGAUAUUAACAUACCUGGAAACGAGUUUGCCAGAGACGAUUCGGUGUCAAUCUUGUCUACAGCUCCCGUGCUGCCAUCAAGUAUCCUGCCUUUGAGUGCCUGUGUUGCCUUCGUAUGCGGAAUCGUGCUACGAAAAGCUGCACAGCACUCCAAUGGAGCUUUGCGAAAGGGAGCUUUCUUAGAGUUCUUUGUAAGCGCGUGUAGUGGACUACUAUUUGUAGCAGGCAUGUUAGCAUGCCUCAACGUUAAGGAACUUCUAAACGAUACCGUGGUUAAGGGAGCCGGAUUUGAAGCGUGGACAUGGUGGGUGCCACUAGAUGCCGAUGCGAGUGCGCGCGUGGUGUAUGCGAGUAUUGUCCUAAUCACUUUGCUUGCUGGCUUAGCUGACCACGCUUUGCGCCUAUCGCUGGUCGAAAUGAUCGUUUGGCUUCUGGUAAGCCUGCUCCAACGUAACGACAAUUUUCCGACGCUUUGCUUGCUUUGCCUGCAAAUGGAAUUGGUAACAAAGCUUCUCGAGUACGAACAGAACGCUGAAAUUCAGCAUAGUGGAGUUUUUGUCGCGGGAUUGGCAUUAUGGCUGUCACAAACAGCCUUUUUUGCCCUGGGUAAUUCGCACCUGGUGACCACAAUCGACAUUAGCCAGUCUUAUCAUGGUUUGUCGUCGUAUUCGCAGAGUUUGGUCGAACCCUCCAAGCUCGACCAAUACGAGGUGGACAGUAUGUCUAGUGAUAUUCACAUAUCAGACGCUUCGUUUCGCCGUUUACACCGUCGUGGUUUAUCUUAUGCGUUUUCACUUGUUUAUCUGGAGCGUCUUCGCCCCCAAGGUAUGGCUCUUUUUGUCCGCAUCUUCAACAAAGGGAUGUGCUCUAAACGUAUGAUUAUGACGUUUCAGAUGCUUUAUGAGUUCGCACACGUUGUGACCUCACUUGUACUUGUGAUCGUGCUAGCUUCAUCGAUCAGGCAACAAGGUGAUUAUGGAAUGUUGUAG